UCCUCAGUAGAACAUAGCUAAAAAAACAUAAAAUAAAGAAAUAACAGAAUGCAUGAAGCACCGGUGAUAAUAAUCGGAGCUGGAACAUCCGGCCUAGCCACAGCAGCUUGCUUAACAAAACAAUCCAUACCUUUCAUCAUUCUCGAAAGAGAAAACUGUUUUGCUUCUCUAUGGCAAAAUUACACCUAUGAUCGUGUUCAUCUUCAUCUAAGAAAACAACUUUGUGAGUUACCACACUUUCCUUUUCCACCUUCUUAUCCUCACUAUGUACCCAAAAAACAGUUCAUAGAAUAUUUAGGUAACUAUGUCAACAACUUCAACAUCAACCCUAUAUACAACAGAGCUGUUGAGUUAGCAGAGUAUGUUGAUGAUGAUGAGAAGAAAUGGAGGGUUAAAGCUGAGAAUAAGAGUUCUGGUGAAGUUGAGGAGUAUUCUGCAAGGUUCUUGGUUGUUGCUAGUGGUGAAACAGCUGAACCUCGUGUACCUGUGGUUGAAGGGUUGGAGAAUUUCAAAGGGAAAGUAAUUCAUUCAACUAGGUACAAAAAUGGAAAAGAGUUUAAAGAUGAACAUGUUCUUGUUGUUGGUUCUGGUAAUUCUGGUAUGGAGAUUGCUUUAGAUUUGGCUAAUUUUGGUGCUAAACCUUCAAUCAUUGUUAGAAGCCCGGUUCAUAUUCUUUCUAGGGAUAUGAUGUAUUAUGGUGGGGUUUUGUUGAACUAUCUGUCACCAAGCACAGUGGAGAAACUAGUGGUGAUAGCAAGCAGGAUUGUGUAUGGAGAUCUGAGCAAAUAUGGUAUACCUUUUCCUAGUGAAGGCCCAUUCACCAUGAAGAUGAAGUAUGGCAAGUUUCCUGUAAUUGACGUUGGAACUGUCAAGAAAAUCAAAUCCGGGGAGAUUCAGGUGUUGCCAGCAGAAAUAGAGAGCAUAAGUGGUAACCAAGUGUUGUUCCGUGAUGGAAAAUCCUACCCGUUUGACUCCAUUAUUUUCUGCACUGGUUUCAAGAGAUCAACUCAAAAAUGGCUUAAGGGUGGUGAUCUUUUGAAUGAGGAUGGUUUUCCAAAGCCUGGUUUACCAUACCACUGGAAGGGUAAGAAUGGUUUUUACUGUGUUGGAUUGACAAGGAGGGGAUUUUAUGGAGCUAAGAUGGACGCUCAAAAUGUAGCAAAUGAUAUUGCUAUGUUAGUUCCUCAACAUGAAAGAAACUAGGAAUUGUGAGAGUCUAUGUCAUAUGUUCUGUCUGUGAUUAAUUUGAAACUGAGAAUGUAGUGUGCCGAUGGACCAUAAAUUAAGGUUUAAGAAUCAUGUGUUCAUAAUUUAUAAUUUGUUGUUCAUUCCUUCAAAAAAAUAAAUAAAUUAUAAUUUGUUGUUCAUAA